AUGGAAUCGGUGAAAAAGUGUUCUAGGUGUCGAGGAAAACGGCUAGACGAGACAGAGUUUGAAUUAUUCAAGUACUCAACUUGUAGUAAGUGUCGGAAUAAACGAAAAAUCGUUAAACAAUUUCCAGCCUUGGAUCAACAGUCGGUCGAAUUCCACACAAAUACAUUCCACAAGUUCAACAACUACCUAGAAAUCUUGAAGACAAACAAAAAUACCGACUUGUCUAACGUCAAGUUCAUGGAGAGUGUAAAUGACGACGAAUUCCCCAUUUACACUAUAAUGGAUAUAAAUCAACAGACCAACCCCAAUGAGUUCUACUCCGACAUAUCAAAAAAGCUAAUAAAACGCUAUAUUGACCCCAUAAGCUUGGUCACGGGCUACAAGUUCCCCAUCAGGGACUACCACAAGGGCGGAAUUAAGACCAAAAAAGUGUCGUUGAUGUUCAUUUGUUGCCAGGAUAAGACCAAACAACGCAAAUCCCGCAGUAAACAGCACAAGCGAGUCAGCAACAAAUUGAAAAUCUACAACUGCUUCUCCAAAGUAAAUCUCAACUACGACCUAUUGAUCGGAGGCAUAACUAUUACAUACACUCAUAAAUGUCAUGCGAACAACACUGUAGACUACGACGACCAUUCGGAUCACUCCAAUCUCAGAAGCGAACUACACACACAAAUACGAAGUGACCCAGCCACCCACCCCAACGACGAUGACUUGAAGGACCCUCGCGAACUAGACCACUUCAACGACUCAAUCCAGUCGAUAGCUGCUGCAGCAGUCGAAAAUAAGUUCAUCAACAUCGACGACCGCUUAAUCAAUCACUAA